UGUUGUCACUCUGUAGGAGGCAGAGUGAAGCAGGUUCAGCCAUUCAAAGGAUUUGCUCCUAUUGAUCUUGGUGGCGAGUUUAUUCAUGGUUCAGACAGCAUCAUAAACAGGACUGCAAAGGAAAAUGGUUGGGUUGUUCAACCAUGCUAUAAGUGUGAAGGACUUGAGAAUGAAUACAUGUUCUACUACAAAGGCAAAUUACAUCCAUUGUUAAGUAGUCAUCUGGAUAUUCAGAAAGCUUGGAAGGCUUGGGAUGAUAUCAUAUUCUUUUGGGAAAAGAGAUCUAGAAAUGAUCAUCUUCAAAGUGCGGAAAAUUUUCAUGAGACAGACCAAGAGGCAAACGUUUACGACAGUGGUUGUAAAAGUGCUGAGGAUCUCCAAACUCAACCUGAUUCAGUAUCUAUAAAGAAUUCUGGAGUCACAAAAUUAGAAGAAACUCAAGAAAUGCAUUGCAGACAGAGCACUGUGAAUAGUGAUUUAAAGGCUCCACUUAGAGACAUGAGUAUUCAGGAGUGGUUGGAAAGAAAGGAGUGUGACGAGGAUGUAAUUGCAGUGUUUGAAGCCAUGUAUUGUCAAACCAUAGCUGCCACGCCCAAGCAGAUGGGGCUGUUUGAGUCUGCGCGUGAAGAAAAUGCUUGGCAGUAUGGAAGUGGCAACUAUAGGUUGGCCGAAUCAUACUCGCUGCUCGUAGAACAUCUCUUAAACAAAUGCGCUAAAGUUGAUAAACGACUCUGCUGGCAAGUGAAGGAAAUCGACUGGACAGGUGCCACUGGUCAGAAUAGAGAACGGAAACAGGAUAAAUCAAACCCAGCUGGAAAGGUUUGCCUGAAAAAUCAACGCGGAGAAACGUUCACCGCCAAAUACGUCAUCAUCACUGUUCCGCUAACAGUCCUUAAAGAUGGAGAUAUCUUCUUCACUCCAGCCUUGCCGUCGAGCAAGAAAAAAGCCAUUGAUUCCAUUGAGAUGCGAGGAGCACUGAAAAUCGUAUGUCGGUUUAAGUCACAAUUCUGGCCGGACAAUCUGAAACUUAUUUAUAGUGUACGGGGUUUUGUUAGCCAAAUUUGGAUGUACUCACGUGAUUCAACGCACAGUCACGAGAAAUGUCACCUGGUUGCUGGCUUCGAGACUGCUGAGCCCGCUGAAGAGAAAAUUCAUCUCAGUGGACAGGAAGUUUUGGAUGGAUUUCUCAAACAUUUGGACGAAAUAUUUAGAACCGAUUCAAACCCGCAUCCUGCCUCAGACUUAUACAUGGACUACGUCUACUACCAUUGGUCAAAACAUCCCUUUAUUCGGGGAGGCUACAGUUCCCCUACUGCUCAUGCGCACGGGCUGCGUGACGAGCUUGCCAGGCCUGUGGAGGAUCGCUUGUUCUUUGCGGGUGAAGCUACGAGUGUCACGGCCUGUGCAACCGUUCACACUGCUAUGGAAACCGGGUUUCGGGCCGCCCGCGAAGUUUGCAGUCUUGCCAAGCGCGUUCACAGGAAGUGAUUAAAAUAGGAGAACUUAAGCAAACCACGACAGCAACGGUAACGAGAACGCCACCAAACAAAAGGUUUGAUGAACAGAACAAUAGCU